UUAACACGGAAGUUAUUUGACGAUGAACUCACUUCCGUUGCGAGUGCGGCGGUAAAAGUUGUCCGACAGGGACACGUAAAAUCAUGUUAUAUCGAAGUUCAGGAACUCCUUUAACUAGCUGACUCUUAAACUUAUAUUUAUAAAUGUAUAAAUAAACGUAACAUCAGAUUAAUGUUAGCUAACGUUAGCUUGUCAAACAUGGCCGUUAACGUCGUGUCGUGGAUCUCUGCUCUGUGUUUACUGACAGCAGCAGCAGCAGACGAGAUGCUGAAUAUACCAGGAGGGAAGAUGUUAAUGGGAACCAGUGCAGCUGAUGGGAGAGACGGAGAGUCCCCGUCCAGAGAGGUCCAGCUGCAGCCUUUUCACAUCGACAAAUAUCCGGUCACGAAUGGAGAUUUCAGAGAUUUUGUGAGAGCUCAGAAGUACAAAACUGAAGCUGAGACGUUUGGUUGGAGUUUUGUGUUUCAAGACUUUGUGACAGAAGAGCUGAAGAGCAAAGUCACACAGAGGAUCGAGUCGGCUCCUUGGUGGCUGCCUGUAGAACGAGUGUUUUGGAGACAGCCUGCAGGACCUGGUUCAGGUAUUCGGGAGCGCCUGGGCUUCCCGGUGGUUCAGGUGAGCUGGAACGACGCUCAGGCCUUCUGCAGGUGGAAGGGCAAGAGACUGCCCACUGAGGAGGAGUGGGAGUGGGCUGCACGUGGAGGGCUGCAAGGUCGGGUUUAUCCAUGGGGGAACAAGUUUCAGGCCAACAGAAGCAACCUGUGGCAGGGAUCGUUUCCAGAUAGAGACACUGCAGAGGAUGGAUACCACGGCGUCUCUCCUGUCACAGCAUUUCCUCCUCAGAACAGUUAUGGACUGUACGACAUGAUGGGAAACACAUGGGAGUGGACGUCCACACAGUUUCCAGGAGCACAACCAAUGUAUGUGCUGCGUGGUGGCAGCUGGAUCGACACAGUGGACGGCUCGGCCAAUCACAAGGCAAGAGUCACCACCAGGAUGGGAAACACUCCUGACUCCGCCUCUGAUAACCUGGGAUUCAGGUGUGCAGCUGGCGAUGGACAGAAACAAGGGAAGAAAAAGGACAAAAGUGAACUGUAGCAACAAGAGGGAAGUCCCAAGAGGAAGUCAGAAAGAACAACAUGUUGAGUUGAACCAGUGAUGAUUCAGAAGUUAUUAAUGGAUCUGAUGACUUUAAGGUGAAUAAUCAGGGACCAACUAAAUAUAGUGUCCAACAAUUAAUAUGAAUGAGUGACGAUUGUGACAGGAAGAUGUGAAAGUAGAAACAAAUUGUAUUUCUCCUGUGGAGAUUUUUUUUUAUUUUUAUUUUUUUUUUAUGAAUUCGAUAAAGAA